GUCAUAGAAAAAUGGCGUCUUUUCAUAGGCCUGAUUAAUUUGUUUCCCUUUCCAAAAUUAAGUUAUAAAGUAUUAUAUAAUAUAUAUAAAUUCUCAGUUCAGAUAUAGUAAUCCUUUGCUUUUUCAAAAUACUUGGAUGACAAUCCAAUUUAUGGACGUAGCUGGAUUCUUAAUUUUUUUUGCAACACUGCUUAACACAUUUCACGGCUGCUUCAGUAUUUUUGUGCCGCUAAUAUCCCAUGCAGAGGAAUCUAGUUUAAAAUGAGGAUCAGCGUGGAUGGUUUGCUGGUGUACUUCCCGUACGAGUACAUCUACCCGGAGCAGUAUGCGUACAUGUUGGAGCUGAAGCGGACUUUCGAUGCCAAAGGCCACUGUCUGCUGGAGAUGCCUUCGGGGACCGGUAAGACCACUACGCUGCUAUCGCUAAUCGUGGCCUACAUCAUGGAAUAUCCACAUAUCGUGCGAAAGUUGAUUUACUGCUCGCGUACCGUGCCGGAGAUUGAGAAGGUCAUCGCCGAGUUGAAACACCUGAUGAACUAUUACGAAAAGCAAACGGGAGAGAUGCCCAACAUUACGGGGUUGGUGUUAAGUUCACGGAAAAACAUGUGUAUCCAUUCGGAGGUCAGCCGCGAGCGGGACGGUAAGAUCGUCGACGCCAAAUGCUACGGCCUGACGGCUAGCUAUGUGCGGGACAGGGCCGCCUCGGACGACUCGGUGAGUGUGUGCCAGUACUUUGAGGGCUUCCAGGCGGAAGGGAAGGAGACGACUUUACCCCCGGGUAUUUAUUCAAUCGAUGACCUCAAGGAUUUUGGUCGGCAGCGCAACUGGUGUCCGUAUUUUAUGUCUCGCUUCGCGAUCAAUCAAGCUCAGGUAGUUGUCUACAGUUAUCAUUACCUGUUGGAUCCCAAGAUUGCUGAAGUUGUUUCGAAGGAGCUUGCGAGAGAAUCGGUCGUGGUGUGUGAUGAAGCUCAUAAUAUCGACAACGUAUGCGUAGAUUCUAUGAGUGUAAAAAUAAAUCGACGUUUGAUCGAGAAAAGUACCACAGGUGUUCACACGUUGGAGAAAUACGUUGCAGAAAUAAAGGAUGAUGAUCGGCAUCGGCUGAAUGAGGAAUAUCUACGCUUAGUUCAAGGUUUAAAAGAUGCUUCGUAUGCACGGGAAACGGAUAUGGUGUUAGCUAAUCCGGUCUUACCAUCGGAGAUACUGAAAGAGGUAGUGCCGGGAAAUAUCCGAAAUGCGGAUCAUUUUCUGAGCUUUCUGAAGCGUUUCAUUGAAUACAUCAAAUCUCGGCUCCGAGUGCAACAUGUCGUGCAGGAGAGUCCCGCUGGCUUUCUAAAAGAUAUCCAGCAGAAGGUUUGCAUCGAACGAAAACCACUGCGCUUUUGCGCCGAACGUCUUUCGUCGUUGCUGCGAACACUCGAAAUCACCGAUCUGACCGAAUUCGGAGCGCUGACCGUUAUAACGUCGUUCGCAACACUGGUGUCGUCUUACACGAAGGGUUUUACGAUUAUCAUCGAACCGUUCGACGACAAAACGCCAACGGUUUCGAAUCCCAUUCUGCAUUUAAGCUGUAUGGACUCAUCGAUUGCGAUGAAACCGAUUUUCCAACGUUUUCAGAGUGUGGUUAUUACAUCCGGUACACUUUCACCAAUGGAUAUGUAUCCGAAAAUUUUGGAUUUUGAACCGGUGGUUAUGAGUUCCUUUACGAUGACACUGGCCAGACCGUGUUUACUACCGAUGAUCGUGUCGCGUGGCAAUGAUCAGGUGGCCAUUUCAUCAAAAUUCGAAACACGCGAAGAUACAGCCGUCACCCGCAACUAUGGGCAGUUGUUGGUGGAGACAGCUAAAACCGUUCCGGAUGGCAUCGUGUGCUUUUUCACGUCCUAUCUCUAUCUGGAGUCGGUGGUUGCUUCCUGGUACGAUCAGGGUAUUAUCGACACUCUGCUGCGGUACAAGUUACUCUUUAUAGAGACGCAAGACAGCGCAGAAACGUCGUACGCACUGAUGAACUACGUUAAGGCAUGCGAAUGUGGUCGAGGUGCGGUGCUGCUCGCGGUAGCGCGCGGGCGCGUUUCCGAGGGUGUAGAUUUUGAUCAUCACCUGGGUAGAGCAGUGUUGAUGUUCGGUAUUCCGUACGUUUACACCCAGUCCCGGAUACUGAAGGCACGAUUAGACUACUUGCGUGAUCAGUUCCAGAUAAGGGAGAACGAUUUCCUCACCUUCGAUGCGCUACGGCAUGCGGCCCAGUGUGUUGGCCGUGCCAUCCGUGGUAAAACCGAUUACGGUAUUAUGAUUUUCGCGGACAAACGUUUCUCCCGACAGGACAAGCGAGGUAAAUUGCCCAAAUGGAUCCAGGAGCAUCUAACGGAUAACUACUGUAAUCUGAGCACCGAGGAAGCAAUGCAGUUGGCAAAGCGGUGGCUCCGUCAAAUGGCACAACCCUUCACCCGGGAAGACCAGUUGGGUGUUUCACUGCUUACGCUGGAGCAGCUGCAGUCUACCGAGAAGGAAAAACUGGAAAAACAGGCUCAGGGCAAGAAGUAAUUCACAAUCGCAUUAAGAAUUAAAUAAACUUUGACUUUCUGUCCAGUUUACAA